GGUCCGUAACCUUCAUCAGGCGGAGGAGGUGUCUGCGGUUGGGCUGUGCUCUGCCCGGAGGGGAUGGAGAGCGAAGAAGGCAGAGGCUGGGAUGUAGGCGGGAACGCCUGUGCUUCUGUGACAGCAUUAUUCAGGUGGUCGAGAAAAUCUCUGAAGUCCAUAUGGCUAUGUAUGAUGAAGAUCUCUUGAAAAACCCUUUUUAUCUGGCCCUUCAGAAACGUCGUCCUGACCUCUGUAGCAAAGUUGCGGAAUUCCAUGGUAUUGUAUUAGUACCAUGCAAAGGAAGCCUCUCAAGCAACAACCUGCCGAGUUGUCAGUUUGACUCCUAUGUUCUAAAGCCAGUGGAAGAACGCUUUCAGACCUUAAAUGGAAAGGAAAUCUUUAUACAAGGCAACCUAAUUAUUUUAGGAACGGGCUUUAAUCAUAGCCUGUCAGUACCAAUUCUCUUUGAAGAAACCUUUUAUAAUGAAAAAGAAGAGAGCUUCAGCACACUGUGUAUAGCUCAUCCAUUGGAAGAAACUGAAAGCUUAGAAGAAGCUACAACAUCAUCAAGUUCCUAUUCCCUGAAAAAUAUUGAGGAUGUGAGAGACUUCUUAGGAAGACAUUCUGAAAGAUUUGACAAAUACAUAGCAUCUUUCCAUAGAACUUCUAAAGAACAUGAAAGAAAAAGUCUACGACACUACAUAGAUUCUGUUAAUGCACUUUAUACCAAAUGCCUCCAGCAUCUUCUGCGGGAUUCUCACUUGAGGAUGCUUGCAAAGCAGGAACCUCAGAUGAAUAUGAUUAAACAAGCAGUUGAAAUGUAUGUACACCAUGAUGUUUAUGAUCUGAUCUUCAAAUAUGUGGGAACUAUUGAGGCAAGCGAGGAUGCAGCCUUUAAUAAAAUUACGAGAAGCCUACAAGAUCUUCAGCAAAAAGAUAUGGGAGUUAAGCCUGAAUUUAGUUUCAAUAUACCACGUGCAAAGCGCGAAUUGGGUCAGCUGAACAAAUGCACUUCCCCACAACAGAAGUUGCUCUGUCUGCGAAAAGUGGUGCAAAUCAUUAUGCAGUCUCCUAGCCAAAGAGUUAAUAUGGAGACUGUGUGUGCAGAUGACCUUCUCUCUGUCUUGCUGUAUCUGCUUGUAAAAACGGAGAUACCAAACUGGAUGGCAAACUUGAGCUACAUCAAAAACUUCAGGUUUUGCAGUUCGGCGAAGGAUGAAUUGGGAUACUGUCUGACCUCAGUUGAGGCUGCAAUAGAAUAUAUCCGACAAGGAAACCUCUCCGACAGACCAGCAGAAUCUGAGGGGUUUAAUGAGAAGUUGUUGUUAAAACAAAAAAUGAACUUGCUGUCCCAGAUGUCCACCACUCCAAUAGAUUGCUUCUUCAAGCACAUUGCUUCAGGUAACCAGGAAGAAGUGGAGCGAUUAUUAAGUCAAGGUGACAAUGAUAACGACACUGUACAGAAAAUGUGCCACCCACUCUGUUUCUGUGACAAAUGCGAGAAGCUAGUUUCUGGGAAGUUGAAUGACCCUUCCAUUGUCACUCCAUUUUCCAGAGAUGACCGGGGAUACACUCCACUUCAUAUAGCUGCUAUUUACGGGCAAGCAUCAUUAGUUGACGUACUAGUUUCCAAAGGAGCUGUGGUCAAUGCUAUGGAUUACCAUGGUUCAACACCACUUCACCUUGCCUGCCAGAAAGGAUAUCAAAACAUUACUCUUCUCUUGUUGCACUAUAAGGCAAGUACAGAUGUUCAAGACAAUAAUGGCAAUACACCACUUCAUUUAGCCUGCACUUACGGUCAUGAGGAUUGUGUCAAGGCUUUAGUCUACUAUGAUGUACACUCUUGUAAAUUAGAUAUUGGUAAUGAAAAAGGAGACACUCCCCUCCACAUAGCAGCUCGCUGGGGCUAUCAAGGCAUCAUAGAAGUGCUGCUGCAAAAUGGAGCCAACCCAAAUAUUCAAAACCGGAUGAAAGAAACUUCCCUCCAGUGUGCACUGAAUUCCAAGAUUUUAUCAUUGAUGGAAUUAAACUAUCUAACAUUUGAAAGGGAACAAACUACUUCUGAGUCACCAGUUAGGUCUCCUCGGUGUUCAGUGGACAUCAUUAGCAGAGAGUCAUCUAUCUCAAGUUUGUCAUCACCAUGUGCAGAUACAAGACCAGAAGAAGUUAAAAAUAUUUACAAAGAGGUAGAAAAGCUCUUAAGAGCAGUUGCUGAUGGAGAUCUGGAAAUGGUUCGUUAUCUCUUGGAAUUGAUGGAAGAAGACUUAGAAGAUGAAGAGGAAGCUGUCAGUACUGUGAAGUCAGAAUUUUGUCAUCCGCUGUGCCAAUGUUCAAAAUGCUGGCCAGCACAAAAGACACUUGCCAGGAUGCGUGCUAAUGGACUUGGCAUAAAUGUUUCAAACCAGGAUGGCUUUACACCAUUACAUGUGGCUGCACUGCACGGACAUCCAGAAUUGGUCUCCCUUUUGUUGAAGCACGGUGCCAGUGUCGGUGCUAGAAAUAUAAACCAUGCAGUCCCUCUUCAUCUGGCCUGUCAGAGAGGUCAUUUUCAGGUAGUACAAUGCCUGAUGGACUAUGAUGCUAAACAAAAUAAAAAAGAUAUACUUGGAAAUACUCCUUUAAUUUAUGCCUGUUUGAAUGGCCAGCAUGAGACUGCUGCCUUGUUGUUACAGCAUGGGGCCUCUGUUAACCUUUUUAAUACCAAGGGAAAUACAGCACUGCAUGAGGCUGUGAUAGGAAGGCACAAAGCAUUGGUAGAGCUGCUUCUUCAGAAUGGUGCAUUGACCCAUAUUAGGAACAAAAGACAGUGUACUCCUGUAGACUGUGCUGAGCCAAAUUCCAGUAUCCUGAAGUUGCUACAAGCAACACCAAGCAAUGCACCAGAAUCAGCAGAGGGAGGAGAAAUAGACAGUGAGCAGCAUAUAACUGGCAAGAUCAGGAAAAAAGUAAAUACUAAGCCAUUUGAGAAAGCAGAUGAUCCAGUCAGCAGACGAAUUCAACUUGUCCAAUCAAUCAACAGAUUUAACAAAUCAAAAUAUUUGCGGAGAACAAUAACAAGAGACAAAAGCGUCCCUAAUUUUGAUGAUGAAUUAUUGCACCAGAUGGCUAUUAAGAACUUUGAUAAAACCAAGUUAAAACCUGUUGAAACACUGAAACAGAGCAGAGCUAAGACGACUGACGCAGAAAGCAGUGGUGAACCUGUGACAGAUGAUGAUGCAAUAGAAGCUCCUCUUAAAAGUAAACUAAUGCAUCGAAGACACACUGUUAAUGUGGCACUUUCAGCAGAGGAUGUCAGUGAAAAUAGCGAUUUAACCAGUCCUAGAGAUCCAAGUAUUUCACAGUCAAAAGACUGCUUUGAUGACUUCCUUUCAAAACACUGACAAGAAGUGUGAAUUUCCUGCCAAAAACAGGAAAACCAGGUGGUGUCAGUAUCAAUAUCCUCUUGCUGGGAAUUAAAGAAGUAAAUGAAGCUUGCAAGCUAUGCUUUCAAAAAUGGAUCAGAAGGCUAAAUCUUUAGCAGAGACAGAAUGUUCUUGGCUUGCAUUUUUGGAGAUUGAAUCCUCUCAGUUUAUUAUGAAGGUGCCUACCCAGCCAAUGUGUUACUGAUCUCGGCAAACUGAGACAUAUUGAGAUGUCAAAGUAUUUAGACAGAAAAAUGACUCCCAAUUCUACUAUCAAAGCACUUAUUAAAAAUGAUUACAGUAAAGAAGAAAAAGGCUAUACAGUAAUUCCCAGCCAACCACUCUUGUAUUAUAAAGCAUUGAAUUAGUUUUUCCUCUUUCUAAUUUUGUCACUGAAUUGGUUAAAUUAUAUUUAUUACCGGAAAGAAUUAAAAUUUUUUUAUUUUUUACCAUAAUUCCACAAACCAUGAUGGUAUGUAUUUAAAUAUACUUUCUUUACUAACUACAUCCUGGAUGUUGCCACUAGUUGGAAAAACACGGCACUACAAUCCUGUGCACUUCAACAUGGCAUAGAGAUGUAGCCUUGAGGAACAUAAAGGGCUAGAAGCCUGCAGUUUUUUAUGAUGUCAAAGCCCUUAUUGGUUCCAAUGGGACAUUUAUUUGGACUGGGUCUAUGAAAUCCUGUCACAACAGGGCUAGGAUGCUGGGAACAAAGCAAGAAGACCUUGACAAAGAUCAGCUCUGGAUUAAUAUUCAGAUCCCUAUUCAAAUGUUUCUCUAGGCAGAAACAAACCUGCAUAAUGCACAAAGCUACUUUAAAUUUUAACAAGUAAAUCAGACCAAAAUGCAUAACUAUUCACCCUUCUGUGUGCAUACAAGCCUACAGACAUAGCCACUGUGUAAGAACUUGUUCCUGCCUGCCUGUACUUAUAUGUUAAUGAAUAUUCCUUACUCAAGCAAGUAGACCCAUUUAAAUCAAUGGGGCUAAUUGUCCAAUAAAGAUACAACUCAUGCAGGAAUAUGUUAUCUGUAUUUCAGAGGUGAUCACUUUAAAGGAUACUCACAGAUAACUAGAUGGAGGCUUAGAUGUGGAACUUACUUCUUAACAUGUUUCAGUUCAAAAAUAUUUUUUAAAAGGGGGUUAUAACAUAGAAAUACUUGAAUAAAUAUACCAGGUUCUUUACACGAUCAUUUUGGUUUACAGGUGAUCACAUCCAAGUAGCAUUUUGUUUCUUUUUAUAAACUAUUUGUACGGACAAGUUUGGUUCUUUUUACUGUAAUGUUGAUGACCUGUUUGGGGCACCAUGAAGCCAGAGGGCUUGCUAGAGGAUUGUUUCCAAAUAAUUUUUUAAUGUGAAAAGCAAAAUGUGCAGCCUGUGCGCGCACAAGCGUUCGCAGAUAAGGGUUGUGUGUAUAUUUUUCUAAGUAAUUUAUGAGUUCAUCUAAUUUUCUAAUGUGCCUUGGAUUUGUGCCAAAUGAUGGAAAAGAGAAACUAGUAAAUAACGAUUCUUGAAAAUGCUCUUAGCUCUGACCGCUUAUUUAAAUUGCGACUCUUUUGCACUUAUUUCUUGGAUUUUUGUGCUUCAAGUGAUCGCUUGGAAUUGCUGCUUUUAGGUCAAGUGCCUCUGCACAUUUCCUCCUUCCUCCAUGCUUGCAUCUUACUGAGCAGACAAAGGGCUGCGUAUGAAGUUACAGAAACUUUUAAUUUAAAUGGGGUAUUUCCUAGACCUAGAUUGCUUUCUUCCAUGCUUGUCAUU